AUGUAUGCGAGGGCAGUGUGGAAGGAGGGUGACAUCGAGGAGGAGGGCGUAGUUCCCGAGAACUGGAUCGACAGGACCAAAAAAAUUCUUAGAUGGCCACGGAUGAGCAGCACCAAAACAGAAAAAGCUAUUAAGGACAAAAUGAACCCCAAGGAUGACUGGAUGACGUUCCCGUUAAUAAAGAUAAAAUUUACAUCAGAUGUUCAUAGGCAAUGUGAGAACUAUAACCUGACCAGUCAGGCAGAGGAUGAUGAUAAGGAUGAGGAUGAGGGUGUGGGUGUGGUGAAGAGGAACCGAAUGAAGAAAAAACUUCCAGAUGGUUUUGUAAGAAAUGAAUUAUCAGAUUCCGACGAGGAAGGGCAUAGUGACGGGGGUGUCAAGCUACCCAACUACCCUGCUCCACCAGAAAAGCUGCAGCCCAUUCAGGACAAAGAUGUAAUGUCCAGUCCUGACUUGUUUGAUACCAGUGGAUCAAGGGAAACGAGGGAAACAACACCGGGAUCUCGACACUCGACCAGAAGUGAAACCAUUGCACACAACCAGCGCAACAGUGUGUCCCAACCCAGGUCCAGGUCCACGUCUACGCCCCAGCGCACACACACAACCAGCCGUUGCAACAGAUCUGGUAGCAAGAGUGGUGGUGCUAGAUAUGGCCAAAAGCCAGGCAGCAGCAGUGGCGCCAGAUAUCGCCGCAGGUCUGGCAGCAGCAGUGAUGACGCCAGACACCCCAACCAAUCCGGCGGCUACAGCGAUUAUCAACACCGAUCUGGCAGUGAGAGGGAGUCCUCAAGAGACAGGCAAAGAUUCGGCAGCAACAGGACACCCACUAGCUCCCGGAGUUAUCUUGGCAACAGGGACUACAUUCGGUAUAGCCAUACAUCUGACAGCCCCAGUGAUCGCCACAGUGAUCGCCACAGAUUUGGCAGUGAGAGGGAGUCCUCAAGAGACAGGCAAAGGUUCGGCAGCAACAGGACACCCACCAGCUCCCGGAGUUAUCUUAGCCCCCUGCAUCACACACCAAGCCCGAAUGCAGGGACUGGGAGUGGAAGAUGGACGUUCCCAAUGCCUUGGGAUGUGUACCAGAAGCGGGUGUUGGGUUUACUGAUUGACCUUAAAAAUCAGUAUAAAAUGGCACAGCCUACUACCUCUUCUGCCCAUAUCGAGAAGAUUGGCUCAAUGGAGGAGUUCCAGGACGUUGAGCAACGGCUGUGUGAUAAAGACGCCUUUGAUGCCCUGGUGGCGAAAAUCGCAAAAAUCGGUGGGAAGAGCACCAAGGACUGUGUCCACAAAGUUCUUGACGGACUCUUCACCAAUGCCCUCAUGAGUCAGUUUAACAUGAAGGGAAGGGGGAAAAAGGCCAAAAAACCCCUGGAACUGACCAAGACUUUCAGAGCAAUCCAAGAUGGAGUCAUGCAAUUUGACACUACGGCCACAGUGGAGCUCAUCAAGAUGUAUGCUUCAGACCAUUUGAAGCAUGCACCGCAAAGGAGUGGGGGAGGGGGCUUCACAACCUGUGAAGGCACCUAAAGUGAU